AUGUCUCAAACAAACUUCCUGAUGCUGCCGCCACCCAACUCAAUGCAAAGGAUAUUCUCCUUUGACGUGGACAGUCUUCCAAGACUGCCCUCACUACAUACAUCGCCAGCGACGCCCAAGUUGACUUCAUUUUCCGACUUGUUCAGUAUGCCUCCCACACUGGCCCUGGAACAACAACAGCAGCAGCCAACCUCCCCCAACAAGGCCAUCAUCAACAGCAGCAACACCAACAGCAAUAGCAAUACUAGUCCCCGACCAUCAUACCAUCCCUACAAUAUCAAUAACAAGGCACGCUCAUCACCAGAGAUGUCGCCCAGGUCGUCCAAGAACUACUGCAGCGCUGCGUCGGAUCAGCAGAUCUCCGAGAUGACUGCCCAUCGCAACUUGUUGGCCCUGAUCGACACUGCCUCGUACGAGGACAUGAGUGCCUCACGUGACUUUGACGACUCGUCGGCCGUGACCUCACCCUCUUCUGCCAACAUUGCCUCCCCACCAUCCUCGCCAAUCGUCUCGCCACGCAGUAGCUCUGCCUCGCCCAAGAUUGCCUCGGUAUCACAUCAACAACAACAACAACAACCUAUUUAUUUGAACAGCGUCCUCAGUGUAAUCACCGAGGACUUCCACAACAACAAUCAUAACAACCAACAACAACAAUCUCCAAUCCUGUUACAUCUACAAAUGCAAAGUCGUCCACAGCCCCAGCCACUGCCACAACCUGCCGCUGCUGCCGCCAAUGUGCCAGUCCACCACGCCCAACCACACGUCCACGUCCAUGCCCACGCCCAAGCUCACGCCCACGCCCAUGCCCACGCCCAAGCUCACGCCCACGCCCAUCACCACGCCAACUCCAACACCCAACAACAACAACUAUCAUCAUUGCAAGCCAAUAGACUACGCGAGGGACACAUCACACCACUGGACUGCUUCCAGACCAUCUUUUACAACGUCAUCUAUCAGCUGGCCGAGAUCAUCUCGCAAGUGCGCGAGAAUGAGGGCAAGGCCGCGUCCACCACCACGUCCUCGACCCACUACCUGGGCAGCCGCUUCCCAAUCACCACCAGCAUUGUCGAGUCCUUCAUCGUCGUGUCGCUGUUCAUCAACUCGCACUCACUGGAUCGCAUCUCGGACUACUGGUCCACCGAGCAGGCCAAGGUCUACCCAGACGUCGGCCAGAUCCCUCGCAUCCUGUCACGCAACAAGUACUUUGAGAUCAAGAGCAGUCUGUCCAGCGUGUUGACACCCAAGCUGCUCGACCGUCUGCAGCAGCAACUGCAGGUGGACAUCACCCGCCAUGUGAGCUGCGCCAACCCCGAGCCACCCCAGUCCAGCCGCUUCAAGACCCCCGUCAAGCAUCGCAACUCGACCAAGGAGCUGGCGUCCUUCAACCUGCUGCUCGAGUAUGGUCUCUCACAUGUGUGCGACCUGUUCAACCAGCAGCGCAACAGCCAGUCAUUCAUCCCACUCGUCCAAGUCGUGGAGCUGCUCACCGAGCAGAUCUGUCCCGCUGGCACCGAGUUGACCAUGGCUGCCAGUGGCCUCGAGUCCUCGUCUUCAUCGUCGUCCAACAGCAGUCCACCAAUGUCACCUCAAUCACCUUCACAACAACAACUCCAACAACAACAACAACAGUCAACACAACAUGUACUGCUACCUCAGCCAGCCGUGUCAAACGCAGCCGGCACGCCAUCUAAAGCCAUUAGAUGUUUCACAUGCAAGGCCACCACUGCCUUGCCUCUUGCCAGGCCCAUCUUGAAGUGCAGCAAGUGUGCGCUGCACUAUCACCGGGAGUGUUUCAUUGCUUCCCACGAAUAA